AUGCAAUCUCAUACUAUCCUUCCUCCAAUCAAAUUUCUACUUGACUCGCCGAAUCACGAGAGUAGUAAUAAUGCUGCUGUUGACUAUUUGAGUGCUUUACCGCAAAGUAAUCGUCAAUCUUUCUCUUCUGCAUCUUCACCCCCAAUCACACCUUUAUCCUCAUCUUUCCGUCUUCCUUCGAUGAGUCAUCAAAAUAAACCAACAACAACAACCGCAAUGAGUUUAAGUGAAAUUGCAAAUGGACAAAACAUUAGUACACUCCUUUCACCUCCUAAAUCACCUGAAACAUCACCAACUACUACUUACUUUGAUCACUAUGGUGCACACAUUGCACCAGUAAAACGUAUGUCUGCUUCGAAAUCAUUAAUUGAUGACCAAUCAUCUUCCUCAAAUGCAAAUAGAUAUCAGUGUCCGUAUUGCUCAAAACGAUUUUCACGACCAAGUUCAUUGCGCAUUCACACAUAUUCACAUACCGGUGAGAAACCAUUCAUGUGCACAGAACCUGGCUGUGGACGUAAAUUCUCAGUGCAGAGUAAUAUGAGAAGACAUUUGAGAGUCCAUCGAUUGGGUCGUCCAGUAAAAAAAGUAAGAUAUGACGGUGAGGUCGAAGGUGUCAAAGUGCAUCUGAAUCCGGCUGCAGUAUCACGGACAUGUUGA